UGCUAUCGUCAGCUGGCAGCUGCAGUUAUGUUGUUCGGUAGAAGUUUACUUAAUCAUUAUUUUAAAUAUAAGAGAAAAGUAAUUCAAAACAUAACUGAAAUAAAUAGGCGAUGUAUUGCCACCUGCCAGUCACCCAAAGUGCUGUUUUUUGGAACCGACAAUUUCUCAUUGCCAAGUUUACAAAAACUGCAUCAAAACAAAGUGGAAGUUGGCGUCGUUACUUCAUUCAAGAGUCCCGCCAACUGUGUCCGAAGCUACGCCGAGCUGCAGAAGCUUCCUCUCUACCGAUGGCCCAUUACGGCGGAACAGUGUGCCGCCUACGAGGUGGGCGUGGUUGUCUCCUUCGGUCAUAUGAUACCGUUGCCCAUUAUAAAUGCUUUUCCCAGCGGAAUCAUUAACGUUCAUGCCAGUUUGCUUCCUCGUUGGCGCGGAGCAGCUCCGAUAAUCUACGCAAUCAUGAAAGGCGACACUAAAACGGGAGUUUCGAUUAUGCAGAUUCAGCCACAUCAUUUUGACAUUGGCGAUAUCCUGGCGCAGCGUGAAUUGCCCAUUAGAAGCGACAUUCACAUGCCGGAGCUCCAUUCUGCCCUCUCCCAAUUGGGAGCUGACUUGCUGCUGGAUACCGUUCAUAAUCUAAAGGAUCAACUGGCAAAGGCGACGCCACAAGAUGAAAAGUUAGCCAGUUUUGCACCAAAAAUAACAUCUCGUAUUACGGAGAUCAUGUGGUCUGAACAAACUGCAUCGGAGCUGUACGCGCGAUAUCGUGCUCUAUAUGGAUUCAAAUGCCUGACCACAAGUUUUGUGGAUAAGCAGGUGCAGCUCAUAGAGGUGCAACAGCCGCAACAACAAUUAGCAGCGUCUCUGACUCCAGGUCAAUUCACCUUUCACCGAGGCCGCAAAUCUCUGAUGAUUGGCUGUGCCGGAGGCACUUUACUGGAAGUUACUCAGAUACGUCUAGAGGGCAAAAAACCAAUGAGUGCGCAAGAUUUCAACAAUGGAUUUCUGAAGAGAGCUGCUUCGUUAGAGUUUACGCGAAAUAAACAUGUUGCCUGUUGUUAACAAACUGCAAACUAA